AUGUCGGAAGUGAAGCGCGUCACCCUUACGACCAUCGGCGAUGUGGUUAAGAAGGGCGGUGGCGGUGGCCCAUUUGGGGCGCUGGCGGCAUUCGAGUCGUCCUCGGCGCCCAAUCCCUUUGGCGGUGGUUCGACGGCGUUCAGUGGCGGUGGCAGCAGUGGAAAUUCCACAACGACGACGGGCAAAGAUGGCCGUGGGGAGCGUGACAGUGGUGCCGCGAAAAAACACAGCACAGUCCGGCUCGAGCUGAACCUUUUCGAACCGACCGCCGAAAGCUUUCCCGAGUUCAACUUCUCCAAGAUGAUCCACGAAGAGCAGAAACGGCUCAAAAAGGCCCAGAAAAAACAACAUGAGGAAACCAACGGAUUCCUCUCCGAUCCGGAGCUUGAUAAUGAUGUGGCCCGGAUGGCAAGAGAAUUAGAGCGGAAGUAUGGUUCCGGAACAAGCUACGCCACGAAAGGCAAAUCUGCACGUCCCGCCAAGCUAGACUAUUGCGAUCGUGGUGCCGGUUACGAUGAGGAAGACUCCUUUAUCGAUAAUUCUGAAGCGUACGAUGAACUAAUACCGCAGGAAAUUGAAACCGUUGGUGGAGGAUUUUACAUAAAUUCUGGUCAGUUGGAAUUCAAGCAGCUGUCCAACUUCGAGCGUCCCGAAGAUGCGUUACGAAUGCCGAAACCGAAAAAACGUGCUCUUUCGACGACUUCCGAAAGCAGUGACGAUGACGCGGAAGCUAACGAGAAAAAGGAUCAUUCGGAAAGUACGGCUUCCCAGCAAUUGUCGAAACAACCGUUGGAAAAAUCUGCUGAAAAUUCAGAAUUGCCACAAAAGCGGCUACAUCUUGAUGAAGGCGCGAAAGUGGAGUCGGUCGUCGUUGAUAGCGUGGAUGCUGCUCCAGAUGAUGAAAAGUCCCGUUUGAAUGGACACGUGGCGAAAAAGCAAAAAAUAGUGGAUAACGGCCAAGUGCCGGCGAGGGCCGAUGUUUUAGACAAGGCAAAACCGCCGAGCGUCGAAGGCAAGGAAAAGUCUAAUGGGGUUAAAACGAAGGCAGCUAACAGUACCGGACCGGAGGUAACCUCUUCGUCUGUUGGUGUUGAUGGCGCGAAGGAAGAAACGGAUGCUAGUGGAGUAAAGUUGGUGAAAACUACUACCGUCAAGGAUAUGCUGCGUGCAAAGCGCGAUAGCCUGCGUAAGAUGGAACAAGAAAAGAAGGGCCGUAGCAGCGGAUCAAGUAGAGUAUCCAGCUCGGAGGCGGAAGAAGACGGUGAUGGUGGAGGCGACGAGGAGGACGAAGACGAGGAAAACGAUGAAGAAGACGAUGAAGACGACGAAGAUGAUGAAUACGACGAAGAGGAAGGUGGCGCAGGCAGCGAUAAAAAUUCUAACGAGUCUGGAUCCGAGGUCGACAUCGAUUCCGAUAGUGAAAGUAGUCACGAGAGUAAUAGCGAAAAAGAAGCCACUGCUAAGGGGAAAGUCACACAGUCCACAGGUCCGAUCAACGGAACGGUGGCCACUGAUGAACGUCCGGUUGUGAGAGCACCUGAACAGCAGCCUGCGAAGGAGCGGAAGCCGAAGAAGGAAUGUAAACUGCCCGAUGAUCUCCCAGAGGCACUGCGCAAGGACGUGGAAUCAUUAAAGGAGCUGGCCCGGGUGAUGGGCGCAGGAAAGUUAAAUUACUUUGACAGUAAAGUAGCUGAUUUGUUGUUGCAAAUCGACAAUGGCGCUCGCUCGACGGCCGGAACUAGCGUGAGAAAUGCAAUUUUCCGUCACCUAGAAGCAGAGCUUUCGAUAAGCAGGCAGUCGUUGCAGUUGAAAUUGAAAAAAAUCCGAAUUCGAAAGCUGGAGAGUAAGGCGAAAUCGGUGCUUUCUCGGCUUGAAGAGGCCGUCACCAAUGUGAUGCCUUCUAUCGUGGCGAAGUUCGAGUUGGAAUGUGCCAAGGUGAAUGAAUUGCGCGCGGCGGCUACGGCACAAGCGAACGCAGCGGGCUGUGUGCAGUUAAAUGGCGACAAAAGUGACACACCUCUGCCGAGCGCACAAAUACGAAAUCCAAAGAAAAAGUUCUCCUGGAAUGAGCAUAUGCGUGGGUUACUCUGGGAGCUGUACAGCAUUCGAGUUGAGCUGUUUGGCUUGAUGCGUCCUCGGAAUCAAACCGAGGACGAAUUCGUGACAGAUUACUUGCGAAAUAGAGUGUUACCCCUAUGGCCGAAAGGUUGGAUACGCUUUGAAGACCUCCACAAGGAGCUAGACCGACGGAAAAAGGCACUAGCGAAGAGUCAGGGUAAUCCAGGAGCACGCGAUGCUGGCAAGAAACCGGUACAGCAUUCUUCUCCCUUGGCAACAUCUGGUACGACGAUCGAUUUGUCGCAUUUAGGUAGUAAUGCAGUGAACGGUAGCAGCAAGUCAGCAGAUGUAGUUGGCCCACCCUCUCGCUCGGCAACCCCAUCGAGCGUCAAGUCUGUCGGCAGUGGCAAGGGAAUGGAUGUUGAAAAGAUUGCUGCUUCCAGCAACUCGUACCAACCGUCGCAUCCGGGUGCUAGCAUAUCACCCAAUGCUUCCUCAAAGCGUACCUCGGACCAUAGCAUUAUAAAUAUCAUGAACUCACCGCCUCUGCCUCCACCAUCCGGCCAAAAGCAGCCCAUGGAUCAUCGUCAUUCGUUGGACAUGGUGGACCAAAGUCAGACGCCGUUAUUCAGCAAUUCGGAUGCCCUCAGAGACAGUGCCGCAUUCAAGCGCUCGAGCGUGCCUUCAACAGAGGGUUCUGCAAAUGUGUCGCCAGUAGAGAAAAAGCAGUCACAAUUGCCAACACCGGAUCGACCACGGUGGAACAGUCGCGAGGAUGACAGCGAUAGUAGCAUCGAGAUCAUUGCCGAAUACAGCAUGGGCGGAACGGCUGGUCAUUCGAAUGUGCCUCUUUCCGGAAAGUCUCCUUUGCUUCCUGCGAUCGGACAGACAUCAUCGCCAGGCUCCGGAACCACGAACCUUCCGGUGUUGAAUAAGGAGAAAUACAAAAACCUGAUGUCAGGAAAAAGCAAGACACAUGGUGGAAGUGGAAGUAGCACUGGUUCGAGCCCUGUUCGGGUGAUGGAUGUACUGCCGAAUACUACCCCCAUGAUGGGAUCGGGAAAAUUCGCCAAACAUUCACCCACGGUUAGCUCUAUUAACCUUAUGACCGGUGGUGCAUCGGGUUCUCCUGGCGUCAUCGGAUUUGCGCCACCCGCCGGAAAUUUGAAUUCUGGAGGAGGAAUGAUGCAGUCAGACAUGUCCAGCGCAGGAGGAAGCGUCCGACUUAAAGAUGCGCCUUCACCACUCGAUGUCGAUGUACAUCAGAUAAUGAAGGAUCUCAAGGAAUUUCAGAAACAGCACAACGUUGGCAACAGUCGAAAACCGGAUACCUCAACACUGCAAUCGCAACCACAACACGAACCAACGGCAACAACAGCAUCACUUGCAUCAGAUUACUUUCUCGACUGUGAUAUGGAUGAGGACGAUUUUCUCUUCGCCACCAACUACACCUAUGGUGGACGCAAGAACUGA